AUGUGGACAUUUAAACAAGUUGGACAAUCAAAUUCAUUAAUUCAAACACGAAUUCGUGGUGGUGUUACACCUCGACCACGUGAUCGUGGAUGGUAUAUUACAUGUGAUUCAACAUUUAUCUAUUCACAAUGGUCAAUAUGUGGUGAUCAAACAAAAUCAAUGUUUGCUGAUCGUGAAUAUUGUCGACAAGUAGAUCCAUAUGGAACACCCAUUGGUGUUUAUGAACAACCAGAUUAUAUUUAUCAAUGUGCUGGUUAUUGGAGAGAAGAUUCACGUUCAUAUUUAAUAACAUAUGAUCGUGAUGAUCCCUAUAUUAAUUUUAAAUGUUGGGUUUAUGAACGGAUGGAUUUAUUUAAAAUUUAUUUAUCAAGAUCAGCUGGAUCAUUUUGUGGUUUUAAUCAAACAUCGGAAAGUUAUAAAUCACAAGAUGGUGCUGAUCUUAAAAUUGAACUUGAUGAAGCUGAACGUAUUCAUGAUGAUUGUCCAAUACGUUAUGAUGAUGGUCGAAAUCCUUGGCAAGUAGUUGAUGAAUUUAUAUUUUAUUAUGCAACAGGAUCAAUAAUAAUGUUAACUAAAUUUGAAUCGAAAUCAGCACGUGUCAAAGGUUUAACCUUUCACAGUAAACGGCCAUGGAUUUUAACAUCACUUCAUUCUGGUGUAAUUCAAUUAUGGGAUUAUCGUAUGAAAACAUUAAUUGAUAAAUUUGAUGAACAUGACGGUCCUGUACGUGGUAUACAUUUUCAUAGUGCACAACCAUUAUUUGUUAGUGGUGGUGAUGAUUAUAAAAUAAAAGUAUGGAAUUAUAAAUCACGUAAAUGUUUAUUUACAUUAUUGGGUCAUUUGGAUUAUAUUCGUACAACAUUUUUUCAUCAUGAAUAUCCAUGGAUAAUAUCAGCAAGUGAUGAUCAAACAAUUCGUAUAUGGAAUUGGCAAUCAAGACAAUGUGUUUGUGUUAUGACAGGACAUAAUCAUUAUGUUAUGUGUGCACAAUUUCAUCCAACUGAUGAUCUUGUUGUAUCAGCAUCACUUGAUCAAACUGUUCGUGUUUGGGAUAUUUCAGGUUUAAGAAAGAAAAAUGUUUAUUCAUCACCAGAUACACUUCAAUCACAAAUUCAACGUACAACAGGAACUCCUGAUUUAUUUGGACAAGCUGAUGCUAUUGUAAAACAUGUAUUAGAAGGACAUGAUCGUGGUGUUAAUUGGGCAACAUUUCAUCCAACAUUACCAUUAAUUGUAACCGCAGCUGAUGAUCGUGUUGUUAAAUUAUGGCGUAUGAAUGAAAAUAAAGCUUGGGAAGUUGAUACAUGUCGUGGACAUUAUAAUAAUGUAUCAUGUGUUAUUUUUCAUGCAAGACAAGAUUUAAUUUUAUCAAAUGGUGAAGAUAAAUCAAUUCGAGUUUGGGAUAUGACUAAACGAGUAGCAAUUAAUACAUUUCGACGUGAAAAUGAUCGAUUCUGGAUUUUAGCAAUUCAUCCAACAUUAAAUUUAUUUGCUGCUGGUCAUGAUAAUGGUAUGAUUGUCUUUAAAUUAGAACGUGAACGACCAGUUUAUGCUGUUGUUGGAAAUCUUGUUUAUUAUGUUAAAGAAAAAUAUUUACGACGAUUAGAAAUCACAACAUCAAAAGAUGUUCCACUUAUGCAAUUACGAAGGUAA